ACACUUAACCCUCGGCUGAUUUUCUUUUUUAAAAUCAAAUCAUCCUCUCCAAUCUUCCCAUCGCCUCGUCUAAUGUACAUCAUCUCCGGCAGCAUCUCCGUCGAAGAGGGCACAUCUCCAAGUAUCGCCACUUCUAUCACCAUCAUCCGCUCGGUUUCCGUUCUCUGGAGGUAACAAAAACCCAAAAGUGGCAAACUUUCAAGUGGGUGAUUGUGUGUUUACAUAACCUUAUCUAACAAUGUCAGAUUCUGGUGAACCCAAAAGAUCUGAGCAAGAAGAAUCUCAAUCUCAGCAAGUUUGCACUUUCUUUAAGAAGCCAUCAAAAGCUAAAAACAUAAGGAAAAGAACGGCUGACGCAGAUGAUGAAGAAGACGGAGAUUCUAAAAGCGAAAGCUCUAUAUUACACAACCUAAAGAAAUUUGCUAAACCCGACAGCAAGUUAUUCUUCUCCUCUGGACCAUCCAAGAGCUCUGCUGCUACUACGAGUGAGGCUCCAGAGAAAGCCGUCUUUCACUACGAUUCAUCCAAGGAGAUCCAGGUUCAAAACGACAGUAGAGCCACGGCAACUCUUGAAACCGAGACCGACUUCAAUCAAGAUGCACGAGCUAUCCGUGAGAGAGUUCUUAAGCGAGCAGAUGAAGCAUUGAAAGGGAACAAAAAGAAUGCUUCGGAUGAGAAGCUGUAUACCGGAAUCCAUGGAUAUACAGAUCACAAAGCUGGGUUUAGAAGAGAGCAAACGAUCUCUAGCGAGAAAGCAGGAGGUUCGCACGGGCCAUUAAGAGCUUCUGCUCAUAUCAGAGUAUCGGCUAGGUUCGAUUACCAGCCAGAUAUAUGCAAGGAUUACAAAGAAACCGGAUACUGUGGAUAUGGAGAUUCUUGUAAGUUCUUGCAUGACCGUGGGGAUUACAAACCGGGAUGGCAGAUCGAGAAAGAGUGGGAAGAAGCAGAGAAAGUUAGGAAGAGAAACAAAGCUAUGGGAGUUGAAGAUGAAGAUGAUGAUGACGCUGACAACAACAGCGACGAAGACGAAGAUGCAUUGCCCUUUGCUUGCUUCAUUUGCAGAGAGCCUUUCGUCGAUCCAGUUGUCACCAAAUGCAAACACUACUUCUGCGAGCAUUGUGCUUUAAAGCAUCACACGAAGAACAAGAAGUGCUUUGUGUGUAACCAACCAACUCUGGGGAUUUUCAAUGCAGCACAUGAGAUCAAGAAGAGGAUGGCUGAAGAACGGAGAAAAGCUGAAGGAUUAUGAAGUUUUUCUUUCACAAGCCAAAACCAAAAAGGCAAAAACUACUUUUCUAGCUUGAUGAAAGCUUUUUGUUUGUUAGUGAUGGUCUUUACAGACUGGGCCGAUCGGGCCUUGUUUGACACAUCUAAGGAUAGCUGAGUUUCCUUCGUCUUUUUGUGUGUUCUUAAUAGGAUUGUUAACUUCGAUCAUUUGAUUUAUAGACAAAAAUUUGAAGUAAAAAA